UCUCUCUCUCUCUCUCUCUCUCUCUCUUACAUCUUGCUUGUUUCUCUCUCUUGUUCCUCGUCCUACUCUCUCUCUCCAGCCCGUCGUUCGUUCUAAGAAAACCUUUUUUUUCAUAUUCUUCUCAAGGACAUAGUGUUGAUGUUGUAAUGGAGACCAAAGGUGGUAAGAAGAAAUCUAGCAGUAGUAGUAGUCGUAGCUCUCUGCAAUACGAAGCCCCCCUUGGUUACAGCAUUGAAGACGUUCGCCCCAACGGUGGUAUCCAGAAGUUCCGAUCUGCUGCCUACUCCAACUGCUUGAGGAAACCAUCGUGCAUGGCUGUUUCACCUAUUGGAUUCGAGGGCUUCGAAAAGCGCCUUGAAAUAACCUUUUCCGAACCAUCAUUAUUUUUUGAUCCACAAGGAUUGGGCCUCCGAGCCCUGACUCGUUCCCAACUCGACUCAAUUCUCGAACCUGCUUGUUGCACCAUCGUGGCUCAGCUCUCUAAUUCCGACUUUGACUCAUACGUCCUCUCCGAGUCGAGUCUGUUUGUGUAUCCAUUCAAAAUCAUCCUCAAAACAUGUGGGACUACGAAGCUUCUCUUAUCGAUCCCACAGAUUCUCAAACUCGCUGAGUCACUCUCACUCGUUGUCAACUCGGUUAAGUACUCGCGUGGGACGUUCAUUUUCCAGAAUUCCCAACCUGCCCCUCACCGGAGCUUCUCAGAAGAAGUCAAUUUCCUGAAUACCUUCUUCGGUAACUUACCCUCAGGCGGGAAUGCCUUUAUUCUUGGCAAUCCGUCCUCGCCGAAUCGCAACUGGCACAUUUAUGUUGCCUCCCGGGGCCCACCAAGAUCACCGUUUGAUAAGGACGGGACGGCUGUGAUUUGUCUCGAGAUGUGCAUGACGGGUUUGGACAGGGACAAAGCGGCGGUGUUUUUCAAAAAGGAUGGGAAUUACUCGUCUGGUGAAAUGACCAAAAGGUCCGGAAUAUCUGACAUAAUCCCGAGUCAUGUGAUAUGCGACUUCGAGUUCGAUCCGUGUGGGUACUCUAUGAACGGAAUCGACGGUGCAGCUUACUCUACUGUGCACGUGACCCCAGAGGAUGGGUUCAGUUAUGCGAGUUACGAAGCUAUGGGGUUUGACCCUGGUUCAAUUGGGUUCGAGGCAUUGGUGAAGAGAGCGCUGAAGAGUUUCAACCCAGCUGAGUUUAGCGUUGCGGUCACGUGCUAUGGAGGUGGUGCGGAGGAGUGGGUUGGUGACGUGGAGGGAUACACAUGUGAGGUUGGGGUGAAGCAGGAGGUGGCAGGUGGAGGGUGGGUAGUGUACCGGAGUUUUGCUGCUGGUGAGAGGGAUAGUGGAUGCACAGUUGGCUCACCCAAGUCUGUUCUGAAUUGCUGGAAGGAGAUGGCGGAGAAGGAGGCUGAGAUGGGUGGCGGUGUGGUGGUGUGUCCAUGUGUGUCAUCAGCUUAGGCCAUAGGGUUGUUUUGGUAAUUAUGUCGGUUUGUCGUGGUUCCUUUUGGCAUCCUACUACUAAAAUUUGUCUUUUGUGUCUUUAGUCCUUUUGAAUAAGGAGUUGUUUGGCCGUAGCUUUUGUCCGAGUCUCAUUUUGGCUUUGCGUUGGUUUCAAGCUCUGCUGUUAGAUCUCUUUUUGAGACUCGGAAUUCUAUGUAAUGAUUGAAUAUUAGUUUUAAUGAUAUGGAUUUUGAUUAUUGAAA